ACUAAUGCGUGAUACUGUUUAAAUACAAAAGCAUUAUUAAAAUAUCUAUAUAUAUAUUUAUACGUUAAUGAUAAUUACGUAUAUAGAAUGCCUCCAAAAGUAGCAAAGAAAUCAUUACUGUUAUUAAUAAAUAUUGGAGUGACAAGUAUUAAAAAAUCAAAUGAUCCUUCUCUAUUGGUCAAGGCAAAAUGUAUUGCCAGAAAGAAGAUUGAAAAAAUGAUUUUUUUGAGACCAAAGGACGAGGUUGCAGUAAUAGUAAUGGGUUCUUCCAAUACAAAAAACUCUUUGGAUAUAGAACAUGUAGAAGAAUUUGCAGAUUUUCAAGUUCCAAAUUGGGAUUUAAUAAAAAAACUUGAAAAUUUAGAAUGUACAAAUUAUUGUUCCAAUUGGGUGGAAGCACUUUACGCUGCAGUGGAAUUCAUGAAAGCAAAUAUCUAUGAUGUUUCCAAAAAGAAAAUAAUUUUAAUGUCUGACUUUAAUGAAGAAUCAGAUAUUAUUUCACAGUUUCAAGCAAAUGAAAUAGCAGAACAACUUCUUACAAUUGACUUAAUUACAAUAGGUGAGGAUUUAUUGGAAACAGAUGAAAGGUCUCUUAAAAUUAGCGAAGUACUUCUUAAGUUUCUUCAUAAAAAGAUAAAUGGCCGACAUUUAACAUAUGAUAUGGCUAUAUCUACCUUGAGAUUUUAUCAGAAGAACCGAAAAAAACCGAGUCCGAGUUAUUUUGUUUUAGAAUUAAUUGAUAUAAAAAUACCGAUUGUUAGUUUUGUCAAAGUGGAUGAAAGUAAAUUUCCAUCGUGGAAGAGAGCUAAAAAUGAUGAAAAAGUUGUAUCCAAAACAGAAUAUGUGGAUAGACAAAGAACCACAUAUACAAAGGAUGAAAUUGUAGCAGGAUAUAAAUAUGGCGAAAUUUUUGUUCCAGUUGAAAAGGAACAAGAAGAGGCCAUGCGUUACAAAAGUGGAACAAAAGGUUAUAAAAUUCAUAGUUUUACAAGUAGAAAUAAUAUUAACUUAGAAUAUUUAUACAGUAAGGGUACCCAUGUUAUUUUACCUUCCACUAAAGGAAAAGAUGUAACAAAACUCUUUUAUUCUUUGGUACAAGCAAUGCGUAAAACAAACGUGGUUGCUAUCGCAAGAAAAGUGUACAGAGAUAACUUGGCACCUAAAAUGGUAGCCUUAUUUCCCUGUACCGAUGUUCCGGACGAACCCUGGUGCUUGGUAGAAAUAGCAUUAACAUAUUCGGAAGACCGCAGAGUUAUGGAGACCCGACCGAUUAAGUCCGUAGUUAAACAAUUGACGGAUGAUCAGAACGAAGCGGUAGAUAAUUUAAUAGAUUCCCUUACAUUAUCUGAUAUGGGAGAUAGUUACGAAAUAGAUGGAAGCCAAUAUUUUUUGCCUGGCUGUGUACCAAAUCCUGCAAUACAGCAUAGGUGGCACGCGUUGUCGCAUCGUGCCUUAAAUCCAGAUAAACCAUUGCCACCAGUGGAGGAUUAUUUGAAAGAAAUUUUGGAAGUUCCAUUAAUAAAAGAAAGAAGUAAACAACAUUUAAAAAGAAUUACAGAACUGUUUCAGUUGGAGGAUGUUGAUCCAAAGAAAAACGACGAAAAAAAAGAAAAUGAAGAAGAAAAUGCUGAAAACAAUGACGACAUUAAUUCUAAACUGUUCGAUAAAAUGAAAGAUAAAGUUGACGAUGAAGAUGAUUCAUAUAAGCAAAACUUUAUGGAUACCUCAGACGUUGAUCUCGAUGAAUUGGCUGCCAAUAUAUAGUUUGUUGCUGUUUCUGUUCUACUGUUAAAAGAAAAUUAUUUUAUAUAAGUUACACGCAAAACGCGUUAUAUCUUUUUGUACAGAAAAACAUUUAAAAUAAAAUGUUAGAAAGCGACAAA